GGAGUCUAUUGAUGGAAAACGAUUUUGUUCUUCAAUUGUGAAARUURGGUUUCYCUCAUAAUAUKAACAUCUCUUCAAUCAAAACAAAGAAAGAGACUAAAAGACAACGAGUAACAGUCAAAUARAAACGACUCUUCACCAUGUCCGUCCAUAACGMAUCGCACGGAAUCAGCACUCCGCUGGACAAACUCCGUAUUGUCUUUUCCCUCGUCCUCCUGGUCUUCUCCAUCGUYGUUGUGUUGGCGUUGAUCGGAACCGGAAACACCCAGUUGGCCCGCGAUGUCCACCCUAUCGCUGCCGGAGUCAUCAUGUGGUCUCUUAUCAUUUGGAUGUCCAUGGUUGAAGGAGGACAGUGCUCCAUGGUUGGACUUCCCCCCAUCGACCGUGAACUCUACCGUGAAUCCCACCCUAUCACCUACAAGAUCACCGGAUGGGGACACAAGGGAGACAACCUCGACCGAUACCUCAUGGGACGUCAGUUCAUGGUUAUCUUCAUCAACUUCACCAUUGGACUCUGUGGAGCUCCUCUCUCUGGUGCCAAGGUCCUCGGACUUCCUGACUGGGUCUCUGCCAUCUUCCUUGGAUCUGGUAUUGCUAUGGUCUUGCAGAACGUCAUUGUCGGACAGUUGACUUCCCAGUGUAACGCCUCCCACAUGAUGCUUGACUACAUCAACACUCAUUUCAUGACCUUCACCUACUGGGUUGCCGCCGGUAUCGAAGUUACCGGUGUCAUGCACACYUCKUACUUGAUCCGUAUGAUGGCCUACUGGGCCGCUGGCAAGCCUGUUGAAUCGAACGAACCCCCCAAGACCGGAUUCACUCUUAUUUUCUUCUGGGGACGUGUUCUUUUCUCCCUUGGUGUUCUUGGAUUCGCUCUUGCUGUCACCAUCGAWGCCCUCUACCGUGGAAAGACCUCCGCAUGGCAAGGAAUCCCUGAGACUGUCUCCCUUCUCCUUUUCUUCAUCCUCAUGUGCUGUGUCGGUCUUCUUGAGGGUAUGCAAAUUGCCUUCUUCACUGUUGCCAAGCUCCCCAAGUCUGAACGUGGAUCCUCUAACUUGGCUCUCAAGACCUGUGACUGCUUGUUCCGAAACGGUGGCCGUAACCUUCCCGGAUUCAUGUGCGGUCGUCAGAUGACUGUCACUCUUUGCUUCUUCGUCAUUGCUCGUGUUACCACCGUCAACAUUGUUAUCGGUGAAGAUGAAAACAUCUUCGGAGUCUCRGACCCUAUCCAAAAGAUGCUUAACUUGGGAUUCAUGGGAGCCAUCACCACCACUAUUCUUGGAUCUAUCGCCUGGCAAUUGGUUGCUUCCAGCUUCCCCAUUGCUUUCUUGAGCAAUCCAAUUGUKUACGUYUUCCUCCAGGCUGCUCUCUUCCUUGAGGCCACUGGUAUCUGCUACGCCGCCUGGUUCCUUGCCUGGUGCCAACGCAAGGUCAUGGGAUUCCAAUACGAUGAAGUUUACGUYGGAACCCCUGAAGAACGUGCCGCCAAGGGACACGCCGAUGACAACGAUGUUGUCGCCAACCUUGAUCUUGGAACCAAUGUUCCUGCCCACGCUGUUGGAGCCCCUAGAAUCACUCGCGAAUACAUGGACUUGGUCGAACAAAACUUCACCAACCAGCGCGAGAAGGUCAUGGAAAACAUUGCUGAACUUCGUGAGCAAAUCAAGGUCGCCGYCACUGAUGAAGAGAAGGCUGUUUUCGAAGAGGCCAUGAAGUUGGAAAUCAGCAUCUUGAAGUCAAUCAACGARAAGCAAUCCGAAUCUAUGCGUGAUUUGUCGAAGCUCAUGGGCGAUGAUGACGACAUCGAGGCCGGAGAUGCCCCCGUCGUUGUUGAACCAUARAUAAUUGUUCAAGGCAAUUCUGCGAUGCUAUUUGAAAACGAUGCGGGCGGGUCAGGUUUCAACGACAUGAAAACUCCGGACGAUGUCCUCGAAUAGUAUUUUGAUAUAUGUGACUCUCAAAAUAGUAAAAUGUAUUUUAAAGG